AUGGAAUACGAAAAGCUGGUACCGGAACCUGGAGAAAGAACUUCAAUCUGUGGCAGACUAACGUUUGGCUUUUUAUCGAGUAUUAUCGAAACAGGAAACAAACGACCUCUAGAGGAGAACGAUAUUCCUUCCCUAGAUGUUGAAAGCACCAAGUAUUUGACUGCAAAACUGGAAUUAGAAUGGAAAAACGAAGUUGAAAUCGGUAGAGUCCGAAGCUCUAAACCUCGUUUGAGAAACGCAGUCCUAAGGGCCGUCGACAAAUAUUUACUGUCUCUGAUUGUGCUACUAGCAAUUUUAGAGACAUUAUGUAAGAUGAUUCAGCCUGUCCUACUAAGCUUUCUCCUGGCUGAGAUGUCCUAUAAUUCUCCCGUCGAUGUGGGGAUACUGCUUGUUUAUUCAAUACCACUCUGUGUAAGCUGUUUUAUUCAAACGUUGGUUUCCCAGCAAUGUGGUUAUGCCAUGUUUCUAAUGGCAGUUCACGUUAAAGCCUCCUUGAUUGGCAUAGUUUACAAGAAGAUUCUGAACACGCGUCAUCAUAUUCUUGCUGAAAGAACUUCAGGGUAUUUGAUAAACUUGAUCUCUAAGGACAUGGUCCCGAUUUUUCACCUUUUCACUAACCUUAAAUCACUUUCUGCUCCUCUGGAGAUAAUUCUCGUUUUCUCUCUUUUGUGGUACUUUGUCGGCUGGCAAACAUUUGGAGGUGUGAUCUUUUCAAUAACUCUCAUCUUCUGUCAAGCGAAUUUGGGAAACGUUUUCAAAAGUCUUCAGGACACGGCCGCCAGGAUGACGGACAAGAGACUGCGUCUGAUACAUGACGUCAUUUCCGGUAUACGUGUACUAAAAAUGAAUGCUUGGGAAUGGUGCUUUCAUGAUUUGGUUUCCGAAGUUAGGAGAUUAGAGCUCAACAUUGUAUACAAGAAAGGAGUUAUUUUAGCUGGUUACCUCUCGGCAUAUUCCUGUUACCCAAUGGUGUCUAGUUUUGUCGCUUUGUUUCCGUUUCUCAUGACCGGGAAUCACCUUACAGCUCAAAAUGUCUUCACUACACUGGCUUUGCUGGGUGCACUCCAAAAACCAGUCACUGUUCUGUUUUCAUACGAGAUCCGCGCUCUUUUCCAAACAUUUACAACACUUGAACGAGUAGAGUCGUUUCUUCUUGACGAUAAUUGUGAUGUACCGGUAUCUUCCACUCAAAAAUGGAAUCCAUCACAAUCAAAGGACCCAACUGGCAUAAGCGAAACACAAUUAAACGAAAAUCAGUUUUUAGCGGUGGAACCAACUUUUCUGACGAAUCAUGUUUGUAAUAAAGGCGAGCCGUUCCUUUGUUUAAACAGAGUUAAACUCCGUCCAAGGGAUGACUCUUUCAAUUUAUGUCUAUGUAUUUCCGACCGUAAGUUGAUCGGAAUCACAGGCCCGGUGGGUUGCGGAAAAUCGACUCUUUUUGACUUUAUCCUUGGCGAAAUACCAUCAGCUUAUGGUCAAAUUAAUCGUCAGGGACAAAUUGCUUACGUUUGCCAAACACCGUGGGUGUUUUCGGGAACAAUCCGUGAAAAUAUCAUUUUUGGAAAGGAGUUCAACCAAGAUACUUUCGAAAAAGCUAUCGAGGCUUGUUCGCUGAAGGAAGAUCUGAAGUCUCUUUCCUGUGGUGAUUUGACUUAUGUCGGGGAACGCGGGGUAAGUUUGAGUGGCGGUCAGCGUGCACGGCUAAACUUGGCACGCGCAGUGUAUUCUGAUGCCGACAUUUAUCUUCUGGAUGAUCCGCUUAGCUCUGUUGACGCGAAAGUAUCGAAUGAAAUUUUUCAGAGGUGUAUCUGUGGCACUUUGUCCGAUCGGAUCCGACUGUUAAUUACCCAUCAAGCUCGUUUUCUUGGAAAGACAGAUCUGGUUCUUUUGAUGGACAAGGAAAGCAAGAUGACUAAAAGCAUAGGUAAAGAACUUAGAGAAUUGGAAGAAUUCUGUGAAAUUUCUGCAGCAUCCUUUGAUAAAGCAAACGAAAGAGGCCUUUUUAGUAAUCUGGUGCCAUAUGGAGCCUCGAUGACAAACACUGGUAACUCCUCUCGUUUGGAAAUCGAGGAAGAAGAUCGCCUAACUGGUUCCGUUUCCUAUAAAACUUAUUGGACGUACCUUGCAUACGGAGUGUCAAAGUUCUUCAUAAUGAUCUGGGGAGCUUUAGUAGUAUUACCUGAAGGAGCUGUUUUAGCUUCCAGCUUUUGGCUUGCAUAUUGGACAAAGCAAUCAUGGGAAGAUCAACAGAAAGCUGAAAACGCUUAUGUCUACAUCGGUCUGGCUAGUAGCUGCUUCAUCUUCGCUUUAACCCGCUCCUUUCUAUCCUUCUACGGAAUGAUCAAGAGUUCUUCUCGCCUGCAUGCCGCCAUGCUGACUUCACUGUUGAGAGCUCCCGUUUCUUUCUUUGAUGUGAAUCCAGCUGGUCGUAUCUUAAAUCGCUUUGCUAAAGACGUUGGGUGCAUGGAUGAAGUAUUACCCUAUGUCCUUUCAGAGUCUGUUCAAUACGCCAUGUUCACCAUUAGUAUUUUGGUUUUGAUAUCUGUUGCUAACGUGUGGAUCAUUGGAGCAAGUGUGCCUUUCACAAUUCUGUCGCUGUAUGUUAGCAAACGCUAUACAAUCACAGCACGCGAGAUCAAGAGAAUUGAAGCCAUCACGAACAGCCCAGUAUGCUCACACGUAACAGACACAAUUCAAGGCAUCACGACAGUUCGUGUGUACAAAAGAGAGGCAGUAUUCCUGGACCGUUUUUACAGUUAUCAAGAUGCAAACAACAGAGCUUUGUUCUGCUAUACUGCUUCGCUCAAGUGGCUUGGUAUUCGCCUCGAUUCUUUAAGUUCAGUCCUAGUUACUGUUGUAACUUUAGCCGCCAUUUUUCUUUCUGGUGAUACAGCUUUAUCAGGCUUAUCAAUAAGCUACUGUCUGCAGCUUACCAACACAGUUCAGUGGAUGCUGCAGGCCAUCGGAGAGACGGAGAAUUACAUGACGUCCGUCGAACGAGUUUUGAGCUACACACAACUUCAGCCGGAGCCAGGCUACGAUACAAUUACCCCACACACUCGCAGGGAUUGGCCUGAAAAUGGUUGCAUCACUUUUAGAGACGUGUCGUUGAGCUAUUUCCCAGGGGGUCCUCCUGUCUUGAAAAAUAUCAGCUUUACUGCCGCCGCCGGUGAGAAAAUAGGUAUUGUUGGACGGACUGGCGCUGGAAAGUCGUCACUUAUAGCUUGUUUGUUGUGCAUGCCUGCAAACACCGAAGGCGAAAUCAUAAUCGAUGGCAUUUGUGUUGCUGAUCUCAACGUCCAGGAUGUUCGCACCGCGAUUGCAGUCAUUCCUCAGAGUCCUUUCCUGUUCAAUGAUGUGCUUCGUCGAAGUCUUGAUCCAGCUGACAAAUUUUCUGAUGAAGAAUUGUGGGAAAUUUUGGACAAAGUUAAGCUGAAGUCGACUGUGGUAAAUAGAGAUGGACAACUUUACUGUCACGUGACAGAAAAUGGUGCUAAUUUCAGUGUUGGAGAGCGGCAGUUGAUCUGCUUCGCUCGCGCUCUUUUGUUCGGUAAAAAAGUUAUUGUAAUGGACGAGGCAACAUCUAGUGUGGAUACAAAAACGGAUGAACUCAUACAAAGUAUCAUUUGUAAAGAGAUGAAUCAUUGUACUGUUUUGACAAUUGCACAUCGUCUGAGUACUGUAUCUGAUUAUGACCGAAUUAUGGUGCUCAGCGAAGGGAAAAUUAUCGAAAUGGAUUCUCCUAAGGUUUUACUGAGCAACGAGCUCAGUUGUUUUUACCAGCUAUAUCACAGUAUGAAGUCCUAA